AUGCAUGUGUCUCAUCAAGUUGGAACUCAACCUCCUCAGGUGCAACGUCAUCUCCCUCCACCGUCUCCACAUGUUCCCCCACCUCUAUCUCUUCCUACGAUGCAAACAUUUAAGCUGAAUCAGCCUACUACUCAAAAUCAUGGAUUUCGACCACAACUGAACUAUCAUUCUGCUACUGCGUUUCCGGGGGGCUGGGGUCAGGCUGCACCGUGCUUUCCAGCUCUGAAACUGAGUGGCAUGGAGGGUUCUAAAAACCAGGUACCUCAAAAUCAAACAAGUGAUGAGGCAACCAACGGUGUGAAUGAUGUGAAACAUGAUGUUGAAAUACCUACACCUAAGUCUAAGCAUGAGCUUAAAGGCAAGCGCGUGAUGGAAGAGGGAGUUAGUUUUGAGAGCAAGACUCGUGGUCUUGGAAUUGUGGGAUUCACCUAUCAUGGAUUUUCCAGAGAUGGUGGAUCAUCUUCACUUAAGGGAGACAUGGGACCUAAUCCAAAUUCAAGAAAAAGGGCGGUAGGAGUUGAUGAAGGUUUAGAUUUGGACUCUCAGACCAAGGAGAACCAAGAGGAGUCAAUGGAUACGGUCUUGGUGACCAACCAUAAUGCGAAGAAACCUAAAACAGAGCAUGCGGGUGAUUCUCCAUGUAUCAACCCAAAGCAAAAUGAAAAAGUGGAUCCGGAGGUUUAG